AUGGCCACCCCGGGGGGGUCCACCUCCGCCACCUGCGCCAUCUCCUCCGCGCUGGCGCACCCGCCGGCGCUCCUCGACUACGCCGCGAUCCACUCGUGCCUGCUCCGGGGCGACGCGCGAUUCUCCCUCCCGCUGCUCGCGCUGCUCCUCCUCCUCCACUUCCGCCUCCUCGCCGCCGCGGCCUCGGCGCGCUUCACCCCGGCUGUGUCCCGCCUCGCCGCGCGCCUGCGGCUCUCGCCGUCCAUGGCCGCCGUCACGCUGCUGGCGCUCGGCAACGGCGCGCCCGACGCGUUCGCCUCCGCCGCGGCGCUCGGGGGGCCCCGGGGGAUGCCCAGGGCCGGGCUCGCCGCCAUUCUCUCCGCGGGAGCGUUCGUCUCCGCCUUCGUCGUCGGCGCCGUCGCGCUCAUCGCCGCGCCCUUCGCCGUCCCGCCGGCCUCCUUCGCGCGCGACGUCUUCUUCUACCUCGUCGCUGCGUCGGGGCUGUUCUACGUCUACCUCAGCGCUGAGAUCUUCCUCUGGCAGGCUGUUGGGCUCGUGCUCUUCUAUGCCUUCUUUGUGGGGCUAGUGUUCUACAUGGAUUUGGGGAGUGCGGAGAGGAAGGCGGUCAGCGCCGCGGCCGCUGAGCUGGAGAUGGUGAGUGGCAGUGGCCGUGUGGCCGUGGACUUGCCGAUCACAGUGGAGGAUCACAGGCGGCAACAACAACCUGCUUUGUGUGCGUUGCUCUCGAAGGUAACAGAAGUUUGGGAGUGGCCCAUUGCAUUUGUUCUGAAGCUUACAAUACCAUCAACCCUUCCUUCUGAGUGGAUCAAAGUUUACAUUAGUGCAAAUAUCUGUCUGUGUCCUCUCUUAGUCCUGUAUUCUUUCAGUUCGUUCAUUCCUCUAGAUACCCGAAUAGUGUUUCUUCUCCCUCAAAUCCGUUUCCCUCUAUGGUCUGUUGUGCUUUUUGCUAGCUUGUGUUUAGCUCUAUCCCAUUACCUUUUCGAGAAAGAAGCCCCAGAAACAGAAAACAUCGCAAGCACCCUCAUCUCUUUUAUUAUGAGUGUCUUCUGGAUCUCGACCAUGGCUGGAGAGCUCCUGAACUGCCUUGCUGCAAUUGGAGUUAUCAUGGACUUCCCUCCAGCUAUACUCGGCAUGACAGUCUUGGCAUGGGGGAACUCUGUGGGAGACCUUGUUGCAGAUGUGGCACUAGCCAAGGCUGGUCAACCUACAAUCGCCAUUGCUGGCUGCUUUGCUGGUCCAAUGUUCAAUAUGCUGGUUGGAUUGGGAACUGCCCUUGUAGUACAAACAGCAAGAGUGUAUCCCAGAGCUUAUGUACUUGAAUUCCAUGUCGGAAUUGUCGUUGCAUUUGUGUUUCUUCUUCUGAGCUUGAUGGGCACCCUGUUGGUGGUCACCUGGGCUAGGUUUCGGGUACCCAGAUUUUGGGGCUACUGCCUUAUGGGUAUAUACAUCUUGUUUACCAUAGUCAGUAUUGCUAUCGCGAGUUCUUCAGGAUGA